CAUUCUCCAUCCGUUUUGUCAUUCACCAUCAAAAUCGACUUUCCAACUCUAAAAACUGCGUCAGGUUGGAGGGAGAAGAACAUAUCCUCUCGUUAUGACCGUUUCUCUGGCCUUUUUGCCUUUCAACGACGUCCAAAACGACGAAAAUCCAAACGCGCUGUGUGAAAGGCCAAAUGACACAGCCAAAAAAUUGGAUAAACAAAAAUACUACAGAAAAGGUCGCAACUUAAAUGCGUACCAGGAAUGUUUCUCGAUCGUGAAGGAAGUAGCGGGGACGGCCGCAAGGGGUCAACGAACAUCGUGCCAUCCAACACGUACAAGCAAUACAGACAAGAAGGACACAGAACCGCGAUUCAAGGAAGCGCAGGAAGGAGAUGACGGAACACAGAGGAACGAAGCGCCCACACAGGCAAACAAGGGAGCUCACUUAGCUGCACAGCCAUGUGGUCCAACGUCCGAUCCCAAUGCCUGGAUCGGCUCUCCACAUAGAACGGCAGCGUUCCAAAUAUGGCAACCCGUCUCCCAGUGGCCCACUCGCAGCCCAGAUGCGCUUAGUCGAAUAUUCCCAAACAGGCUCCUUUCAAUACAUAGGACUCGCACUACAACAAUACAAACACUUCUUUCGAGCUUCCUAAUAUUCACAUACCAUGCUCAAGAUCAGCCCAGGCCCAGGGAGUUGGAUUUGCAGUUAUUUGGCUCAGGGGCCCACCUUACCCUUGAGGAGAAGCUAUUUUUGAGAGGCUGGAAACAAAUUGUCCAGGGAUGUUCUCCGGUCAGGGUGCACGCGCGACUACAUAAGAUAAAUCAAUUCCAUACAAGGCUGGGCAGCCCUGCUGGCCGCUUCCUCGAAUGA